AUGGAAAUCCCUGUGAUCGACUUCAGUAAGAUUGAGGGUGAAAAUAGAGGUGAAGCAAUGGCACUUCUUCACGAAGCAUGCAGAAAGUGGGGCUUUUUCAUGAUUGAGAACCAUGGAAUUGAUAAAGAGCUUAUGGAGAAAGUGAAGCAAUUGGUUAAUCUACAUUAUGAAGAGAACAUGAAAGGCAAAUUCUAUGACUCACAGACAGCAAAGAGUUUGGCAAACAAUGAGUAUAUCGGCAGCAAAGACUGGGAAACCACCUUCUUCGUUUGGCAUCGUCCAAAUUCCAACAUCAAUGACCUUACCUUGUCAAAAGAUCUUAGCAAAACAAUGGAAGCAUACAUUGAUCAACUGAUUAAGCUUGCCGAAAAGCUUUCAGAGUUCAUGUGUGAGAAUCUGGGUAUACAAAAGAAUUCCAUAAUGGAAGGAUUUGCAGGAGGCAGCGUUCCUUCCGUGGGGACAAAAGUGGCAAUAUAUCCUGAAUGCCCUCGCCCUGAACUCAUCAGAGGGCUCCGAGAGCAUACGGAUGCUGGUGGUAUUAUUCUCCUGCUCCAAGAUGAUAAAAUCCCUGGCCUUGAAUUUUUCAAAGACGGAAAAUGGGUGAAAAUUCCGCCUUCAAUAAACAACAGAAUCUUCGUAAAUACAGGUGAUCAACUGGAAAUUUUAAGUAAUGGCACUUACAAGAGUGCUUUGCACCGAGUCAUGGCUAUGAAGGAUGGAAGCAGACUCUCCAUUGCCACCUUCUACAACCCUGCUGGCGAUGCAAUCAUUUCCCCAUCUCCAAAGCUGUUAUUACCCAAUCAUUUCCGCUUCCAAGAUUACCUAGACCUUUAUACCAAAACUAAAUUCGAAGACAAGGGUCUCAGUUCCUCCACCGUUUAUGACCUACAUGGCUACAUCGACGAACAGGUUGUGAUAUAUACUGAACGUGGCUGUAACCUGUUUGUUGAAAUGCCCAAGUGA